UGAUGAUGAUGAUGAUGAUUAUUAUUUCUGGUGACUUUGUCCAGCAGUAGUGUGUCCUUGACCCGCUGGAGCUCGUGCUGCUGGUUUCCGGUGUCAGGGGAAGGUGCACCUGUGAUGUUCCGCAGUGUCACGGCGCUGUAGACUGGGGGCGGAGUGACGGAGUGACGGAUCCGGUUCCAGCGGGGUGAGCAGGCGGACCGCUCCCUGUCCUGUCCGGUUCCGCUCGUCAUGGCCUCGACGCGUCUGGAGCGGCUCUGUGCUCGGCUGCUGCGCGCGCUGGUUCAGGCGGUUCUGGCGCUGUUCCGGCUGCUCGCGGCUCCGCGGCGGGGGGGGGGCUCGGACGGUCACCGGGGGCUGUCCCCCAUCACCGAGCCGCUGCUGCGCGUGCCCGCCGUCCAGCUCGCGCGGAACAUCCGCCGCAAACAAGUAACGAGUGUUCAGGUGGUUCAGGCCUACAUCGAUCGCAUCCAGGAAGUCAACCCACUGAUCAAUGCUUUGGUUAAAGACAGGUUUGCUGCAGCGCUCCAAGAGGCAGCACAGGUGGAUAAACUGAUAGAGGAGGAGACGGGAGGAGAGGAUGUACUAGAGGAUAGGCUUCCUCUUCUCGGAGUGCCCUUCACUGUGAAAGAGGCCUUCGCCCUGCAGGGCAUGCCCAACUCCACAGGACUGCUGAGCAGGAGGGGGGUGAUUUCAGGAGGAGAUGCCCCACCUGUGGCUCUGUUAAAGCGGGCUGGAGCUAUUCCACUGGGCGUGACCAACUGCAGUGAGCUUGCCAUGUGGCUGGAGUCUCACAACCACCUUUACGGCAUCACCAGGAACCCUUAUGACCUCGGGAGGAUAGCAGGGGGCAGCUCAGGUGGAGAGGGAAGUAUAAUAGGUAGUGGAGCGUCUGUGAUUGGAGUGGGAUCAGACAUUGGAGGAAGCAUCCGAAUGCCUUGUUUUUUUAACGGUAUUUUUGGACACAAGCCAACAUCAGGUAUAGUGAGUAACAGAGGUCAGUAUCCUCCAGCGUCUGGACAGCAGCCAGACUUCCUCUGCACAGGCCCGAUGUGCCGCUACGCUGAGGAUCUCCUGCCCGUGCUGAAGAUUAUGGCCGGACCCAAUGCAGAAAAAUUAUCCCUCUCUGCUAAAGUGGAUCUAAGGAAACUCCGGUUCUUCUCAGUUCCUCAUGAUGGAGGAUCACCUCUUCUGUCUCCUGUAGACCCUCAACUCAUUCAGGCACAGAAAAAAGUGGUGGAACACUUAGAGGCUGACUUAGGGGUUCAAGUUGAAGAACUGCGCAUCCCUCAGCUCAAAUAUUCCUUUCAGAUCUGGGGAGCCAUGAUGUCCUCGCCUGGCAGUGAUGGAAAGGCCCCUACUACGUUUGCUGAGCUCAUGGGCGGAGGAGAGAAGAGGGUGUGGCCUGUGUGGGAGCUUUUCAAAUGGUUCCUUGGAUUGUCCUCUCACACCAUGGCUGCUAUAGGUCUGGCUCUGGUGGAGAUGUUUCAUAGCUCAAAGCCGUCUCAGUUCAUUCUUCAGCAGAAAGAGAGUUUGCAAAAGGAUCUGGAGGAGCUUUUGGGUACUGACGGAGUGCUUUUGUACCCUUCACACCCUCAGCUCGCACCCAAACACCACCAGCCCCUGGUCACCCCGUUCAAUUUCUCUUACACAGGGAUCUUUAAUAUCCUCGGGCUGCCGGUGACCCAGUGCCCUUUAGGACUCAGUGAGGAGGGUUUGCCCCUUGGACUGCAGCUUGUAUCAGGGAAGCUACAGGAUCGUCUCUCUUUGGCUACGGCUCUGUACCUGGAGAAAGCUUUCGGUGGAUGGAGGGAGCCGGGUGUCGAAGAACACACACUAAACAAAACCUUAUAUAAUGACAGUAAUGCUGCAUAACUACUGAAGUGUCAAUGCGUAAAGUAGUUAAUUUAACUCCUCUAAGCUUAGGGUUACCACAUUGUAAUGUGAGUAACAGAAGAUUAACUAUAGACAGAGGUUAAGGAAGGAAGGAAGGAAGAAAGGAAGGAAAUACUGUAUGUAAUAUUAAUAUAAUAUGAUACUGAGGGUGCCAUUUAAAUUGCAAUGAAGGUACAGUUUAAGUUUAUUACAAUUAUUGAGAUAAUCCAUAUAAUUUAGAAGAAAGAACGGAAGAACAAAUGAAAGGAUGGGAAAAAAGAAAGAGUUACGCAUUAUUAAAAUAUGGAAAGGGAAAGAAAGAAAGUAAGAAAGAGACUAUUGUUGAAAUAGAAAAGGAAGGAAAGAAGGAAAAUAAAUGGAAGGGAGAAGUACUGUACUAUUAAAACAUGCCACAGAGAUCAAACGUGACAUUUUAUUGUGAAGGAAGACAGGAAAUAGUAAAUAUUAAUAAUAUAAGACUAAGAAAAAUUAUAUAAGAAAAAGUUAAACUACAGUUUACAAUUAAAUUACAGUUGAAGUAAUAUACAGUAUCUAUGUACAAAGGAAAGGAAUUGUGUUACUACUGACACUUUACAAAGAGAUGAAAGAAAUGUAAAACAAUUAAUGUGUAAUUUCAUUAUGAUUUUUUACAGUUAGGCAGGUCCCUAUAAACACUUAUUAAAGAAAUGAGAACUAAGAAUGGAAUGGGAAUUUAUGCAUAUUCAAAUGUUUGUGUAAAAUAAACAGCAUUCAAAAAAUAAAUAAAUAAACGUUUAAUCUUUGA